CCCGACUCCGUAUUGUACCUAGUAGCUUAAAAUCGAACACCGCCAUCGCCGCCAGCGCCAAUACCCAGUACCUGCAACCACCACCUUUACCGCCAUCAAGCUAAUCCAAAUUACGAGAUCUCCAAUGGAUGAAUUGGUCUUUUGACCAUAUUCGUAAAUACCUCAUCCAUUGACCCCUCAAGCCUAGAUAGUAGAUCUGGUCGAUAGCGUUAUCCAGAGAUAUUCUAGAGACAUCCAGAUUUUCAACCGUGUUUUGGCUCGGCCGAGGUGACCUGUGACCUGCGUCCUUCGAUCUGCGUCCUGCACAGCUGCCUGCGCUUCGCCGAAACAAUUGCCUAUCACACAGGGAGUUUAUCUUUUCACUUACAAUAUAAAAUCUUGUAAUACAUCCCCGACCGAUCGAUCGUCUCGUAUUCCUUCGACUCAAUUUUGAAGGCCUGUCUUUACCGAUUUUUUUCCACCAAAAUAUUCCAAGAAGCAUGGGAAACGAAGGCAUCCUUCGUGCCCGUACAGCUGUGCUUAGUUUGUCAAGGGCUUUAUUCCUGUCUCUUGGCCUAGUGUCUGCUGCCCCGAUACCUCUUUAUUCUCGAUCCCUCGACAAUGCACCCGAAGAAGCUGAGGAUGGCGCCCUCUACGUGCUUUACGGCGUGUCAAUUAUCCUUGUACUUCUAGGAGGCGCCUUCGCCGGAUUAACAAUAGCUCUUAUGGGCCAAGACGAAAUAUACCUCCAAGUAAUAGCUCUCGACAUCGAAGAACCUCAACGAAAAAACGCGAAACGCGUUCAUGAUCUGCUUAGCAAGGGAAAACAUUGGGUAUUGGUGACAUUACUUCUGUCUAACGUCAUCGUAAAUGAAACGCUUCCCGUUGUCUUAGACAGGUGUUUUGGCGGUGGUGUUGCUGCUGUUGUUGGAAGUACUGUUCUUAUUGUCAUCUUUGGUGAAGUAUUGCCACAGUCCGUAUGCGUUCGUUAUGGCCUUCAGAUCGGCGGAUAUAUGUCUAAGCCCGUCCUUAUAAUGAUGUAUUUACUCGCUCCGCUCGCAUGGCCCACUGCGAAACUACUCGACUGGUUACUCGGAGAGGAUCACGGAACUGUAUACAAGAAGAGUGGAUUAAAAACAUUAGUUACAUUACACAAGUCACUUGGUGAAGUUGAUGAACGACUGAAUCAAGAUGAGGUCACAAUCAUCAGUGCUGUCCUUGAUCUAAAACGCAAGGCAGUUGAGGAGGUGAUGACCCCUAUGGAGGAUGUCUAUACCAUGUCCGAGGAUACUGUACUGGAUGAGAAGACCAUCGAUCAGAUUCUCGACGCCGGUUAUUCCCGUAUUCCUAUCCAUCAGACAGGCAAGCCAACAAAUUUCGUGGGUAUGCUCUUAGUCAAGAUUCUCAUUACUUACGAUCCCGAGGAUGGUAAACGAGUCAAAGACUUUGCCCUUGCUGCUCUACCUGAGACCCGGCCGGAAACUAGCUGCCUGGAUAUCAUCAACUUUUUCCAAGAAGGCAAGUCGCAUAUGGUUCUCAUCUCAGAAUCGCCUGGUGAAGAUCACGGUGCUCUAGGUGUGGUAACGCUUGAGGAUGUGAUUGAAGAGCUCAUUGGAGAGGAAAUCAUUGAUGAAUCUGAUGUAUAUGUCGAUGUUCAUAAGGCUAUUCGUAGAUCUCACCCCGCCCCUAAAGCAAGGGCGAUGAGAAAGGAGCUCAUGGCUAAGGACCUCGAGAGCAGGAAUGCCAAUCUCAUCGACAUAGAAGAGGAAGUCGGACACCCGCUUAAGGUUAAGAGAACUGGCUCUGUCAGCAGUAGAACUGAGGCCUCUGUUCUUAGUUCUAGCCCAAGGAUGACGACGUUGCUAAUGCGAAGACGCUCGGCAGGCCAGGACGGCCAACUAGUACACACGACUAUACCGGUGAAGGCCAAUUUUGAGGAAAUGAGAGAUCACUUCAAGCAUCUUGGCCCAUCUAACCCAGCAUCUAACCCCAAGAGCACACGGGUUGCGGCAGUCAAAAUUAAGCCCGCAGCAAACUCCGGCGCUCGACAACCGGGUUCUAUUGCAACAGAUGAUAUUUCCGAUGAUUUGAUAGCUGUCGUAGAUGAACGCUCAAGUCUCCUAGGAUCUCGACUCAACGCCAAGGAUGGCAAGGACGGAAUCCAAGCCCUUCAGCAGAACUACACCGAACCGCUCUCCACUAUCAAGUCUAGUACCCCUCCCGAGAUUGUAACGAGCUUUGACGCGGAGACUUCGGAGCAAGUGACCCGAGGCACGCAAACCAAGCUCAGCGCCACUGUUAAAGAUGAGACUUCGCCCACGCAAGAAUCCACGUCAAGCGUCGAGAGCUUCCAAGACGGUGUCGGGCGUCGAAGAGGUCACGUACGCAGCGGCAGCAUAACCGAGAAUAUUGUUGAAUCAGGUGGUAUCACCAAGGUGAUACUUGAGGCUAGCAGUAGUAUAUCAGAGGUUUCAGAUGAAGGGGAGACGACUGUUACUGCAGGAUCAGAUGAAGGCACAUCUUCGGCGCAUAAGGAGCACAAGAAGAAAAAUCGCCGCAAACACAGAAAUGGAAGCAAGUAGGAGUUCUAUUCAGCAACAGCGGAACAAGGAUAUAAGCAAGAGUUGACCGACGUCACACAACGAGUAUGCAGCAUACUAUGACCGGGCAAUUCCCUUAUCGGGCAUACACUAUACAGUCUUAGGUCCUGAAAUGGCGGUAUUCUACGGGAUCCUGAGGAGUAUGUUUAUCAGACACGAGCCUAUGUAAGAUUACCUCGAUUGUUUUCGGCGUCCGGAUAAUGUAAUGAUAGGGACAAGUAAUCAGUCGGUUCAGACAUUCUAGAAGUCGUAGACUUACGUGAAAACGAAGCAGAACAUGAUGC